UGGGCAGCUGGCUCUGUCAGGCAGCGUAAUCCCGGCUGCUGAAUCAUUUCCUGGACAAAGUAUGACAAACAUCUCACGGUAUCUUGUCAACCACCUGCUGACAUUCUCACUCCAGGAUGGGGAAGUGCAGAGUGUGGAAGAAGCCCAGACCCGUCUGUCUGUCCUGGCUCAGAGCAAGAAGCUGUGGAGUCAACAGAUGUUCCUGGACGUUGGGACGGAAGCCAUUCACCUCCGAGACAUACAGAGCCAGGAUGAGCUGGAGAGGUACUAUUUCAAAUCUAUCUACCGCUGUGACGCCAUCAACACAGAGAAACAAUUCUCGUCCAUGCUCCUCUUAGUCUGUCAAAGUUCAGAUCAGAAGAAGCCGGACAUUCACUUCUUUAACUGCGAGACAGUGAAGGCAGAGCAGAUCUGUGACGACAUUGCACGCGCAGUUUCGGAUUCCUCCAACAGCAGGAGCGAAAAAGCCCUAGAUGUGCUCGGAAGGAUUCCUCAGAGUGGUGGAGAGAUGAUCGACCCCUACGAAAUCCCAAAUCCCCCCAUCGCACACGCUCCUAACCCCCCUCCAGUGAACCCUCCACCUUACCCAGGACUCAGAGCAAAUGGAAUAAAUGGCGGGCCUGAUAUCUCCUUCUUGCGAGCAGAAAGAGAAGUGGGGAUCCUCAAUCACUGCUUUGAUGACAUCGAGAACUUCAUGGGGAAGCUGCAGCAGACCGCAGAGGCUGCGACAGUGCUGAACCAGAGGAAGAAAAAGAAGAAGAAAAGUAAAAAGCAAAAUGCUGAAGAGGAUCUACUCACUGCAAAGGCUCGCCCACCACCAGAGGAGGAGUUCAUUGAUGUCUUCCAGAAGUUCAAAUAUUGCUUCAGCCUGCUGGCUCGUCUGAAAUCAUCAAUCACCAACCCUUCAUCGGAGGAACUUGUGCACCAUGUGUUCAAACCUUUGGAUAUGAUGGUGAAAACUACAGGAGGACCUGGUCUGGGUGCCUCAGUGUCCAGCCCUGCAAUGUCCAGCUCCGCCGUCUCUCUGCUUCAAGACACCCUGAGCGAGGGAGAGCGGCAGCUGUGGACGUCUCUGGGUCCCAACUGGACGCUCCCACGCUCUCAGCUCAGAGGACCUGUAGCUCCAUACACCCCCGUGUUUCUGGAUGGUUGGAAGCCAGAAGCCUUAAGGGCAGACGGGCAGGUUUGGGAGGAUCCGGUUGAGUCACAGCACAAACUUGAAGACCUCCAAGCAAAACAAGAGUCAGCUCCAGACGCCCGCAUUGGUGAUGAAACAGACAGCAACGGACUCCCAACAGACCCUGAGAGACUCUACAGCUGCACGUAUGACUUUAUCGCCAGGAACAGCAGUGAGCUGUCAGUGCAGCAGGGGGAGCAACUCGAGGUGGUCGAAUCAUCCAAACGUUGGUGGAAAGUUCGGAAUCGCUUCAACCAGAUCGGGUUCGUCCCCUUCAACAUCCUGGAACCUAUGGCUCACAUAGACAGCCCGACAGUCAAUAAACCUCCUAGUGCUCCAGCUCCACCUCCUCUCGCAAAGACUUUCACCUCAGUCCCACCCAGCCCUACUUCUCUACAUCCGGCCCCCACCCACUCCCCCCAGCGUCCACGCAGCAUGCCACCGUACAACCAACACACAACGGCUUUAGAGGACCCAGAAAACAAAGUCAUGAUGGUGAAUGACGAGCUGCUCCAGAGGCUGACAAACGGGAAGACCAACCUGAACAAACCUCUCCACAUCCCACGCUCCUCAGAGACGUCUGUGCCUCUGGACUACCACUCCCCUCCAGACGAGGUAGCCGAGUGGCUGCAAGGGAAGGGCUUCAGUGAACCGACGGUGUCAUGUUUGGGAGUGCUGACAGGUGCUCAGCUCUUUUCCCUCAACAAGGAGGAGCUACGAGCUGUGAUACCAGAAGAGGGUGCCAGAGUGUACAGCCAGCUCACAGUGCAGAAAGCACUGCUGGAGGACGCCAGGAGAGCCACAGAGCUGGAGGCUGUGAUGGAGAAACAGAAAAUGAAGGUGGAUCUGAAGCUGGAGAGCAGCACAUUGUGAGCAGCAGUCUCUACAGCAGGAGUAUCAGAUGAAGAAAUGUGUUCUUCAGGGAAUCACUUCAGAGUGAACGUCUGAAUUAUUAAAAUUCAACGGCAAACAUGUGACAGUGACUUCAAAUCUCUAUAUGCAUCACUGGAAAAUCACAAUUUCUGUCUUCAAAUUUGUGACAGCUGAAAUUUCACAUUUAGAUGCAAGUAGGCGCUGAUUGUUAAAUACUUAGCCAGUAAAUAUCUAUUUGUAAUGUAUGUUGUUUUCUUAUGUGAAUAGUUUCCUUUGGGCUCAUUUUGGCCUACCAGGUAAAGACUAACUUAAAUGUAUUUAUCUUGUUUGUGAUAUAAUUGAUGGAGCAAUGAAUAACACUGUGCAAGAAAAACAAGACAAGCAGACAACACAAAUUAAAAUGGUGGAUUUUUUUUAUUAUUGAGACUUUAAAGAAAGAUAUUUUUUAGCUGAACAUAAACAGAAACGACUUCACACAUGAGGUAAAGCAAUGCUUGCAUUAAAAUCUGUUUCAAUGAUAAAUUUGUACAGAGUGGAAUCUGUCCAAACUGGGGCAUACUUUUCAUUGAUGAACUUGACUAAUAAAAAAACAUAUGUACAGUUAUAGCUCGGAAUUUCCAAUGUUUUACUUUUGUUCCAACUUCUUCAUCACAUGCUGACACUUAAU